GGCUUGAUUAGCGUUCGUGUGUGUCUCUGUGCCAUACUUUAAGAAAGAGAGCUUUUUUUAAAAUAUACAGUUUAAUAAAGAUGGUAGGGAAUUACCAGAGAAAAAGUGACCGUCAAAAGUGGAGUGAAGAAGAUAUGCGGGCAGCCAUAAAAGCCAUCCAAGAAAAUCGAAUGGGUUGGCUGCGCGCUUCAAAAACUUUUAACGUGCCUUUUGGAACACUAAGAAGGCGAGCCAAUCAAGUGAAUCAAUUUGCUACUGGUUUUACAAAAGGAUAUAUGGGUGGCAAGAAAAACACGUUCUCAAAGCAACAGGAACAGGAAUUAACGGAGCAUGUAAAAAAUUUAGAAAAUAGGUUUUUUGGGGUAACAACAACGGAGCUUCGUAAGCUUGCGUACCAAUGGGCUGAGAAGAAUAAAAUUCCCCACACAUUUAACCACGAGAAGGAAGAAGCUGGAUGGGAUUGGUUAAAGGGUUUUCUAACCCGAAAUCCGACAUUGUCCCUUAGAACCCCCGAGUCCACGUCAGCAGCAAGGGCGCGUGCCUUUAACAAACCGCAAAUAAAAAAAUACUUCGAUUUGCUAGCCCAAUCUAUGGAAGACAUAAAGUUUGACUGCACAAAAAUAUUCAAUAUGGAUGAAAGUGGUCUCUCUACUGUACCUUCAAAGAAUUCGAAGAUUAUCGCCUGUAAAGGUAAAAAACAAGUUGGUGUUCUAACCAGCGCCGAACGUGGUCAGCACCUUACAGUAGUUUGCAGUUUCAGUGCUGCAGGAGUCUAUGUCCCACCAGCAUUCAUUUUCCCUCGAAAAAAUAUGAAGAAGGAAUUAAUGGACAACGCUCCCGCUGGUGCGGUAGCAUUUACUCAAGAACAUGGCUGGAUGGACAAGAAUGUAUUUGUCAAAUGGUUAAACCACUUUGUUAAGCACGUUAAACCCACAAAAGAAGAUAAGGUCCUGUUAAUGUUGGAUGGUCACAUAAGCCAUAAAAGCCUGGAGGCUCAAGAGUAUGCCAAAGCCAAUGGAAUUAUUCUUUUUUGCUUUCCGCCCCACUGUACCCAUCGGGUACAGCCUCUGGAUGUGGUUUUUUUUGGACCUCUCUCCACUUACUAUAAUCAAGAAUUAAAUUUAUGGCUAAAAACCCAUCCAGGAAGAACAGUCACGCACUACCAGGUGGCUGAACUUUUCAAAAAUGCUUACCAGAAGGCAGCGACACUCUCUAAUGCUGAAAAUGGUUUUUCCACCACAGGAAUAUAUCCAUUCCAACCAGACAUUUUCCCAGACUGGAUGUUUGCGCCAGCGGAAGCCACAGAUGUAGAACAAGAAAAUGUAGGACUUCCUGAAAGUAAUUUUGCUAACAAGGAACCCGAAGCUUUACUGGCUGAUGCUACACAAAAAGAUAUCUCAUUGGAAAAUACAGGGCCCUCCACAUCUAUUCAAAAGCCUUUAUCUUCUUGCUGUUCUGUUGCCAUAACAGAUAUAUCUCCACUUCCAAAAGCCACCUCUUUACACCGUAAAAAGCGUUCUGGAAAGACAGGAAAAAGUGGGGUAGCUUUAAAAGAAAUAGUGGCACAGAAAGAAGAGGCACAACGAAGAAAGUCUGCUCGCAAGACAAAGAGAGUUUUAAAUCUACAUGAGUAUAAAGAAAUUCAAAAAGACGCGCAGGAGGAGGAGGAGUUUCCAGUUGAAGAUACUGAUGAUGAAGACGACGCCGUCUGUAUUUAUUGCAACGAGCUUUAUUCGUAGUCAAGGCGUAACGAAUGGUGGUUGAAAUGCCAAUCUUGUGCAAAAUGGGCUCACUGUGAAUGUGCCGGACUUGCAAGAAAUUCUAAAACUUUUAUUUGUGAAC